AUGCCAGUCUCUCCUUCCCAGGAUAAUCACAAGCUGUACAAGCAGAAACUCGAGGAGCUAACCAAGCUUCAGGAUGGGAUCUCCAGUUCCAUUGCACGGCAGAAGAAGCGGCUGAAAGAGCUGUCAUUGUCCCUCAAAAAAUGCAAAGCCCAGGUGAGUCCUGACCAGGAGGAGUCCAUCCAGGAGACCCAGAGCCUCAUAAAGGAGAGGCAGAACGUUUUCUUUGAGAUGGAGGCCUAUCUGCCAAAGAAGAACGGGUUGUACCUGAGCCUGGUUCUUGGGAAUGUGAACGUCACACUGCUCAGCAAACAGGCCAAGUUUGCCUAUAAAGAUGAGUAUGAGAAGUUCAAGCUCUACCUCACCAUCAUCUUACUCAUUGUGUCCUUCUCCUGUCGGUUCCUCCUCAACUCCAGGGUGACAGAUGCCGUCUUUAACUUCCUCCUGGUGUGGUACUACUGCACCCUCACCAUCCGGGAGAGCAUCUUGAUCAACAACGGAUCCAAAAUCAAAGGCUGGUGGGUUUUCCAUCACUACGUCUCCACCUUCCUCUCAGGUGUUAUGCUGACGUGGCCAGAUGGGCUCAUGUACCAGAUGUUCAGGAACCAGUUCCUCUCCUUCUCCAUGUACCAGAGCUUUGUGCAGUUCCUCCAGUACUACUAUCAGAGCGGGUGCUUGUACCGGCUGCGAGCGCUGGGCGAGAGGCACAACAUGGAUCUGACUGUGGAGGGCUUCCAGUCCUGGAUGUGGAGAGGCCUGACGUUCCUGCUUCCCUUCCUCUUCUUUGGGCAGUUCUGGCAGCUCUACAACGCCAUCACCCUCUUCCGCAUGAUCCAGCACCCGGAAUGCAAGGAGUGGCAGGUCCUCAUGUGUGGCCUCCCCUUCUUCAUCCUCUUCCUGGGGAACUUCUUCACCACCCUCCGUGUCGUCCACCAGAAGUUUCAGAACAAGAACAAAGACACGAAGCGGAAUUGAAGGGGGGAGGGACAGCUUGGGGGGGGGCCAGGACUGUUUUUCCCCACCAGCUCCAUCUCCUCUUCCCCUCUCCUCGAUGCCGUCCGGACUCUGGUGUCUCACCCCGUGCCACAGAAGCCUUGGGUGUGGGACAGAGCUUGGGGUCUGCUCACAAAUAGACUGCCUGUUCCCUGAGGUGCUGGA